AUGUCGACCCAAGACAACGACUACGCUUUUCUUCUUGUCCCUGGCUCCUUUGCAACCCCCGCGGCAUACGCCAAACUGCUCGAUAAACUACGCGCCCAGGGUGAAAAUGUCGAAAUUAUAGAACUCCUAUCCGUGAACGAUGGCUCCCGCCAACCACCCGCAACAAUGCAAGACGACGCAGCCCACAUCCGCCAAGCUGUGCUCUCAAUCCUAGAUGACCCCAGUGCACCAAAGAACGUCAUCGUGGCCCCCCAUUCUUAUAGUGGCAUCCCAACUACAUGCGCACUGGAAUCUUUGAACAAAGAGGCGCGAGCAUCUGCAGGAAAGUCCACCGCUGUGACUGGCAUAAUCUACCUCGCCUCAUUCGUUCUCUCAGAAGGCGAGUGUCUGCGCGGUAUAAUGGGCGAAUUCGGUGCCCUCCAAGAACCUUUGAAAACAGGUGUCCCGGGUGGAUAUCUCCCUCCCUUUACGCCAGAACUCGCACAGCUUGUUUUCAAUGAUCUCGACACUGAAGAGGCACUCGAGUUCCUCGGGUUUAUGUCGCUGCAUGCGUCGGAUAGUUAUAAUGGGGAAGUCUCUUAUGCCGCGUGGAAGGAUAUACCCAGUGUGACUGUCAUUCCUAGUAUUGAUAUUGUUGUACCGACGCCAAUGCAGGAGGCUAUGUAUGAACGCGCUGUGAAGGCCGAUGGGAAGAUUGAGAGAGUUUUAGUUGAGGGAGCUGGACAUGGACUUCCUGUCAGUCGGUUGGAUACUGUUAUUAAGGAGAUGCUUAAAUUGGCGCGGCGGGGGUAG